UUCCCCCAAAAUUUUUUUUUUUUUUUUUUUUCCAAUCACACGAAGAAAACAUUUUCGUUUCUCCAAUUUUCUCAGGAAAAUCAACGGGAAAAAAGAAAAAGAAAAAGAAAACUGCAUCACCAUCAUUUUUGUCCACCACUCUCCUCUCGAGCUUUCCUCUCUAAAAAAUGAUGGUUUUUGUGGGCGAAAAGAGGUAAUUUUUCAACUCCCAUUUUAUCUAUUGCUCUGUUAUUGGAUUCAGAUAUGUAGUACAAUAUUUUUACUACAAUGCGUAGUUUAAAAAUAAUGGAUGGAUGUAAGGGCACACACGUGUAUGCGCUUCAUCCAUCCGCCGGUGGUGGUGACAGUGGCGGUGGUGUAGGAAGUGUGGGAGAGAAGUUCCUACACCACCUUCAAGACCAUCUUAAAGUAAAUUCGAUUAGGUCAAAAUCGACUUCGAAUUUCCAAUCCAAUAAUGUCCAAAUCAACAAUAACAGUGUCGUAGCUGAAACCCUAGCCACCUAUGGCCUUCCCCAAACCGAUCUGCUCGAACCCCAAAUUGAACCUUGUCUCAAAUCUGUUGAUUUUGUUGAAACCCUAGCCGAUUUGUAUCGGAGAAUGGAGAUUUGUCCCCAAUUUGAGAAAUCAGGAAUGUAUCUUGAGCAAUGUGCCGUAUUCCGGGGGCUAUAUGACCCGAAAUUGUUCCGCCGGAGCCUCCGAUCAGCGAGGCAGCACGCGGUGGAUGUCCAUUCUAAGAUUGUUCUUUCAGCUUGGUUGAGGUUAGAGAGAAGGGAGGAUGAACUAAUUGGGACAUCAUCAAUGGAUUGUUCUGGAAGGAAUAUGGAAUGCCCAAAUGCUACUUUGAUUUCUGGGUAUAAUCCAGAGUCGGUUUAUGAUCCCUGUACGUGCUAUCGAAGUCCUAGGGAGGAUAGUGAUGCUGAAUUUUCAAUGGGAGAUGAGCAAUGUUCAACAUCAGAGGAAGAUUGUGAUAUGUCAUUUUGUAUUGGAGAUGAGGAGAUAAGGUGUAUUCGAUACAACAUUGCCUCGCUUUCUAGACCAUUCAAAGCAAUGCUUUAUGGUAACUUUUUGGAGUCGCGAAGGGAAAAGAUUAAUUUUACACAAAAUGGGAUUUCAAUUAGCGGAAUGAUAGCCGCUGAGAUAUUUAGUAGGACAAAGAGUGUGGAUUCUUUUGAGCCAGCUAUUGUUUUGGAGCUGCUCUCAUUCGCAAACAAGUUUUGUUGUGAGGAGAUGAAGUCUGCGUGUGAUGUGUAUCUAGCUUCUCUGGUUUAUGAUGUGGAGAGAGCGAUGUUACUUAUUGUGUACGGAUUGGAUGAGACUGCACAUCUUCUUGUGGCUGCUUGCUUGCAGGUGUUUCUGAGAGCGCUGCCGAGCUCAUUACACAAUUCAGAUGUGAUGAGAUUCUUUUGUGGUGCUGAGGCUAGGGAACUGUCUCUUGUGGGUCAUGCUUCAUUCUUGUUGUACUACUUUUUAACCCAAAUCGCCAUUGAGGAGGAUAUGAAAUCAAACACGACAAUAAUGCUAUUGGAGCGGUUGGGAGAGUGUGCAUCUGAUGGUUGGCAGAAACAACUUGCAUUUCACCAAUUGGGUUGUGUGAUGCUUGAGAGGAAGGAGUAUAAGGAUGCCCAGAAGUGGUUUGAGGCAGCUGUUGAGGCUGGUCAUAUCUAUUCAUUAGUAGGCGUUGCAAGGACCAAGUACAAACGUGGUCACAAGUAUGAAGCAUACAAGAUGAUAAAUUCACUUGUAUCUGAUUAUACACCAGUGGGGUGGAUGUAUCAGGAGCGGUCCCUAUAUUGUAGUGGGAAAGAGAAGAUGAUGGACUUGGAUACAGCAACUGAAUUGGACCCUACUCUUUCUUAUCCGUACCAGUACAGGGCUGUUUUGAUGAUGGAGGAGAAUAGGAUUGGGGCAGCCAUCUCAGAGAUCAAUAGAAUAAUCAGUUUCAAGGUCUCUUCUGACUGCCUUGAGUUACGUGCUUGGUUUUCGAUUUAUUUGGAGGAAUAUGAAGGAGGUUUAAGAGAUGUCCGGGCAAUUUUGACUUUGGACCCCCAUUACAUGAUGUUCCAUGGAAAGUUGCAUGGAGACCACUUGGUAGAGCUCCUCCAACAUCAUGUUCAGCAGUGGAGUCAAGCUGAUUGUUGGAUGCAGCUGUAUGAUCGAUGGUCUUCUGUUGAUGAUAUUGGCUCCCUAGCUGUUGUACAUCAUAUGUUAGCAAAUGACCCUGAGAAGAGCCUCUUACGAUUCCGGCAGUCUCUCCUCCUAUUACGGUUAAACUGUCAGAAGGCUGCAAUGCAUAGUCUGCGUUUGGCUCGAAAUCAUUCUACAUCUGAGCAUGAAAGGCUUGUCUAUGAGGGAUGGCUUUUAUAUGACACAGGCCAUCGUGAAGCAGCAUUAGCGAAAGCUGAAGAGUCCAUUUCUAUCCGGAGAUCGUUUGAAGCUUUUUUCCUGAAAGCAUAUGCUUUGGCCGAUUCAAAUCUUGAUUCGGAGUCUUCGUUAUAUGUUAUCCAGCUUCUUGAGGAAGCUCUUAGUUGCCCCUCAGAUGGCCUCAGAAAGGGACAAGCAUUAAAUAAUUUGGGCAGUGUCUACGUAGACUGUGACAAGCUGGAUCUUGCUGCUGACUGCUACACGAAUGCCCUCAAUAUCAAGCAUACACGAGCACAUCAGGGUCUGGCACGUGUGUAUCAUCUAAAAAAUCAGCGUAAAGCUGCAUAUGAUGAGAUGACAAAGUUGAUUGAGAAGGCCCAGAACAAUGCAUCAGCAUAUGAGAAACGUUCAGAAUACUGUGAUCGUGACAUGGCAAAGAGUGAUCUUAGUAUGGCGACACAACUAGAUCCCCUUAGGACAUAUCCAUACAGAUACAGGGCAGCAGUUCUAAUGGAUGACCAUAAGGAAGCUGAAGCCAUUACAGAGCUUACAAAUGCCAUAGCUUUCAAGCCAGAUCUACAGCUACUCUAUCUCCGAGCAGCAUUCCAUGACUCAAUGGGUGACUGCAAUUCCACAAUCCGAGAUUGUGAAGCAGCUCUCUGCCUUGAUCUCAGCCAUACGGAUACGCUCGAGCUUUAUCGCAAAGCACAGGAGCGAGCUGAUGAACAACAGCAGAAGUAAAUUCUUUCACAAAUCAAUUUUGGCACAGACAAGGCCGGUACUAGUCAGCGUGAUUUUAUAUUCUGGAUUUUGUCUCUGGAAAAAUUCAGGUCCAGAUUGGCCAUGUCCUCCCAGAAAGAAAAAUGUAGAGAAGAGAAAAUCAAUCUUUAAGAAAAAAACAGGAAAAACAGAGCAAGAUUGCCCAUAUACAUGUAUAUAUGCAUUUACAGUCAAUUGAAACAUGUAAAUGAAAUUUGCCGGUUGUGACGUAAGGGUUGUGACAGAAGGUCUGUUCACCGAGAGGUUUACAAAAUAAAAUGUACUGCAUUUCCCCCCAUGUUUGUUUCCUUUGUAUCAUGAAGAUGUACAAUUUUCCCUCGUAUAAGACGGCAUUUCUAGCCCCUCUUUCUCGCUCUCUUUAUUUUUUUUUUUUAAAUUUAUUUUAGUUUUUUGGAGAUUGUCACCUAAACUGUUUCUUGGAUAGAAAUAAAAUCAAGUUAAUUUGUGCUC